AUAACCAAUUAACCAAACGAUGUUAUUAAUGACAUUUUUAUUAUAAAACAAAGUUUCGUUUGUGUGAAUCAAAAAUAUGAUAAACAAAAGGAUACAAUAGAAGCUUUGUUUAUAGUAAAACUGGCCAUAAUCAAGUGGAUAUCUGGCAAAAAUGCACUGUGCUAAACAUUCUCAAGCUAUCGUUAUCGUAUUUGGAUAUGUGUUUGUGACUUUUGUUUUAUUAUUUGAUUUUUAAUACUUAUUUACUUUUAUUUUGUAUUUUUUUGCACAUUUUUCCCCCUAAAUGUUUAUUAGAGAUUUGAAUUAACAUUGUGUUAAACCGUAUAAAUAAAAAUAACAUUGCGGUGCGGAGCCGCGAAUCCCGAAUUUUACUAGAUAGUUAAUUUUCUGUGUAUUACGUAAGAUAAGUGAAAAUCUUUAUAUUGUUUAUUUUUUAUUAUAUUAUAAUUUCAUUUUGUUUGGUUAAUUUUUUAUAUAAUUUUAUUGUACUUAGAGGGCACACUCCGAUACUUCCUGUAAAAACACCUGAUGGAUAUUGGCAUAGUAUAUAAGUAGUUAUAUGGCACAAAAUUUAACCGCUUCGGUAUAUUCAGCACUUAAUUAUAACCAAGUACAAUAUAUUCGAUUAAUUGGAUGUAAAAUAGCGUUAAUCCGUUAUAAUGAUGUAUAUCAUGACCAGGGUUCUAUUUAGGUCACAGGGGUAAACGCGGCCCGCACCUUCAAGUUUAACUAAUGAUAAGUAAUAACAAUCAUCUCAUGUUUUGAUUUGUUAUCAGUUUUUUUAUUAAUUAUAUAUCAUGCUUUAUUUUCAUUACUGCAUAUUAUUUUUUUGAAAGAAUAUAUUAUUAUUAAACAUAUAAAAACUAUUUUGGUCGUGUACGUUGACUGUGACAUAAUUGAUAUUGUCUUGUUCAUGUGAAUUUGUGUUGUGUAAAAGUUAUUAUUGUAUCGGGAUCUAUCGUCGCGUCCGCACUCGGCUUCGUGCUUCCAAUCGGUGGCUGACCACCCGACCGCAAUAUGUGACCCUCGCCCUGAAGCUAGUAUUACCGUAUCGUAGAUCUAGUUAACUGGUCCUUGAGCCUGCAUGAAGGUAUUGACAAGCAUUCCACCGACGAAUGCAAAAUGGAAUACUCUGUCCAGCUGACCUUCAGGGAGCAAUGGUUAGAUGAGAGACUCAAGUUUAAUAACUUGGGAGGUCGUCUAAAAUACCUCACCCUGACAGAAGCGAACAGGGUAUGGAUGCCUGACCUGUUCUUCUCGAACGAGAAAGAGGGCCAUUUCCACAACAUCAUCAUGCCUAACGUGUAUAUCAGGAUCUUCCCCAACGGGAAUGUGCUGUACAGCAUCCGAAUCUCUUUGACCCUGUCCUGCCCUAUGAACCUGAAAUUAUACCCGUUGGAUAAGCAAACGUGCUCCUUGAGAAUGGCCAGUUAUGGCUGGACGACUGAUGACUUAGUGUUCCUGUGGAAGGAGGGCGACCCCGUGCAGGUCGUGAAGAACCUCCACCUGCCUCGCUUCACGCUCGAGAAGUUCCUCACUGAUUACUGCAACAGCAAGACUAAUACUGGUGAAUACAGUUGCCUGAAAGUGGACCUGCUGUUCAAGAGAGAGUUCAGUUACUACCUCAUCCAGAUCUACAUCCCUUGCUGCAUGCUGGUGAUCGUGUCCUGGGUGUCCUUCUGGCUGGACCAGGGCGCUGUGCCAGCUAGGGUAUCGCUGGGAGUAACUACACUUCUCACAAUGGCGACACAAUCAUCAGGCAUCAACGCCUCGUUACCCCCCGUCUCAUACACCAAGGCUAUUGACGUAUGGACGGGGGUCUGCCUCACUUUCGUCUUCGGGGCAUUGCUGGAGUUCGCCCUCGUGAACUACGCCUCUCGCUCUGACAUGCACAGAGAGAACAUGAAGAAGUCGAGACGGGAGAUGGAGGCCGCCGCAAGCAUGGACGCAGCGUCAGACUUGCUAGAUACAGAUAGCAACACCACUUUCGCAAUGAAGCCACUCAUGCGCGGCGGCGUGGUGGACUCCAAGAUGCGGCAGUGCGAGAUCCACAUGAGCCCCCCGCGCAAGAACUGCUGCCGGCUGUGGAUGUCCAAGUUCCCCACGCGCUCCAAGCGGAUAGACGUCAUCUCGCGCAUCACCUUCCCGCUCGUCUUCGCGCUCUUCAACCUCGCUUACUGGUAAACCU